UGCCGGACUCCAACUCCCACGAUGCAAUGCGCGUCAUUUUGGUCGAUUCGGCUUCGUUCGGCUCCAGGCGGGAGAGGAUGAGAUGAGUUACCUCUGGAGCUCCAGUACUGUCUCUGUCUGUGACUCUAGACCGCCGGUCCAAUCCUCAACAUGAGAAGAGCAACAGAGAAUCAAAGAAACACAAACACUCGGACACUGUCAGACUAUUUCCCCCCGAGGAACAAAGUGAAUGACCUCAUGUUCCAGCAGCGCUUCCGACCUCAUUUCACACCGGAGUCUCCAAUGAAACCCUCUCAGCUCCCUAACCAGCUUUCUCACUCACCUCCCAGGAGAAUGGUUCCACUUCAAAGCCCUGAACUGUGCCACAGGGACAGACUGGGUGCCCCAUGGCACCCUCCUUAUCCUCCGGGACCCAUCCAUUCAUCAGGGUUUGUUCCAAGCUGCCCAACUAACAUUGGUUCACCAGUGAAUAGGUUCCAUCCCAUGCCAAGGGGCAGACUGGGUCCUCCUCAGUACCAACACCAUCAACCUCCAGGGUCUUUCAGCUGUACUACAGCUAGCAUGCCACAGCCCCCGCCUCCCGGUGUCUUUCACCCUGCAUCCCCUCAAUUCAUGAAGGAUUUAAGCAACCACUCCCCGUCUUCCCACACCAGGAGAGAUCCAGGCACUGAAUCCAGGGUCACUUUGUCUUACUCAGGAAGUCAAAAUGUAACGGCACGAAGACAAGAUUCAAACAAGGAUCAUUCCAGCGAUGUCAGGAGUUGCGCACACACUAUCCAGCUCUGCAGGCCCCCUAUGAUCCCAUCAUUCUAUACCAGAGCAGUUCAAGAGGUUUGCACACUGCCCCUCUCGGAGGAUUGGAGUCCUGAGAACAGCCAGCGGCCCUCGUGGGGCUACCAGCCUUCUCUGAACACCCAGUCUUCUGACAGGAGUAGUGGUUCCAGUGUACCCAUCAUGUACAACCCUGUAGCCCCCUGCCAGGACCAACAACAUAAAAGAACACCUUCAAGUGAAAACUCAAUUCCAGUAGUGGACUUGAAUUGCUCAUCUCAGAAGAGGCACAGGGAGUUUGAGGACUGUGACGACAGUCCCAAGAAACUGUGUCUUCCGGGUAUAAACUCAGGCAAAGCACAGACACCAAAACCCGCUGUUGGCAACUCACCCAGCAUUUCACUGCUGUCUCAGCCGUCGGCGAGUCAUUCCUCAGUCUUGGAACCGUCACCCAAAACUACAGAUAGCCAUCUGGGCACAGAACCAGCAUGCGGCCAAUCAACACAUUUGGAACUGUCAUCCACAUUUAAACCCACCCAGUCAUCCUGCGCAUCACUGUCACCCAAACCUUGUAUAAAGAAACGACCAUCAAUGGGAGCAAAGCAAGCCUAUGUACAUUCCACCCAGAAUCACCCUUUGAAGUUAUUAGUGUUAACAUCGCCUUCACAAAAUCCAGGUGAAGAAAGUUUGAAGAAAAGAAGCGAGGAAAGUGAUAAAAGGGAUAAAUCAAGCACUUUGUUAUCCUCUGAGGUUCCCCUGAAGGACACUGGUAGCUCACCUCAUGUUCAGUUAGGCAGCCACCACUCUGGUCAUACUCACCGGAGUACCUCAGUCUUACCAGUCAAGACGCUGAGCAGAUGUGAUCACGUGGAGGAGAGCAGAAAGUCGGACAGUAGUACUGCCAAACCAGCCUCUAAAACAAGUUCUGGUUCUCCGAGUUGUCGCACAGGAGAUCGGAACAAAACUCACCGCCCACGAAAACCUGUUGCCGUCCCGAAUGAUAUAGAUGAACUUUUCACCCCUGAUCCCUUGACCUAUGUAGUCAGCCAUAAACCGGUGAAGCCCAAGAUGAAUGGGAUCAAAUCUCCCACCUCAGAGAAAAUGUGUUCAUCCAGCACUGGUACCAGCUCCAGUACUCCAGUUACUGGAUCCUCAUGUCGCAAAACUGGUUCUCCUGAUGCAGUGGACACCAAAGUCUCUUCCUUGUCAUCAGCACAUCACCCACAAAUGUCCUCGCCAACUAUAACUUUACAGCGGGUAAAACUUGAAAACUUAAAAUCCACUUUCUCAAAAGACAAUGAACUCAAAAACAGCUCUGUCCCUUCUUCAGGCAGGCAGCUUAAGGAUGAGAGUGUUGUUAAAUCUGAUGAGAAACACACAUCUGUCCUCCCCAACAAUGUGAGACCCUGCGCUUUAGAGACUGGAACCACAUCUUCUACAUCUCAUUGUCCUCAGUCUCCACUGCUGGAGAGGAAAGCAAGUGAGGGGCAUAGAAAGCCAGUGACUGAAGAGGAUCCUAUAGAUGUGGAGCUGGACCUAGGCCUGAGCUUUGCGUUAGAUUUGGAUCUAACCCAGAGCUCCCAAAGCAGUGAGGAGGAGCACCUGCUUUCCUUGCAGGAGAUGAUGGAGCGUGUUACAAUGCCAGAUACACCGGAGAAGGGAGCCUUCUCGGAGCCCAGUGCACCUGGACAUCACAGCUGCCAGCCAAAAUCUCAGCCAUUGCCAUCCACCACAAAGCCGGGCAGCUACAAAAACAACCUCGACCAGAUGCUGGAGGAAAUAAACACCAAUAAAAGAGUUAAAGAGAUUGAGACACAGCUUCUAACUGCAUGUAAAGAGGACCUAUUGAGAAUAGCUGAAUAUGAGGAAGCUGAGGAGAACCGGGAGGAGGGCGUCUCCACCGAACAACAGCAAUUCCUGCAACGCUACUCUUUGAUGUCCAGUGCAAUCAGGGAAGUGCCUCCAGGGGAAGCAGUGUUCAACCUGGAGAAAUUUGGCCGAAUCUUUGACCAGGACACGCUGCAGCUCAGACGAUGCAUGGUCAACCCACAGGGGACAGCACAGAAAACACUUCUUUGGCCACCCUCAAGACAAACUACAUUUUUAGCCUCACAACUGGAAAGGUCCAGCCCUGCCCAACUGAGAUUGCACCUCAAUAUUGGAUUGUUCCAGGAAGCUUACGACUGUCUCUCGCCCUGUCCACCUCAGGUCACCCGUUUCCUGUUCAAGAUGAUGUCAGUCCAUAGUGAGAGGAUGGUAUCCGAAAAGCUACUACAGGCCCUCUGUGACAUUGCCUGCACUACUGCAUAUCAGAUAGUGAAAAAUGGAAGCCAGGAGUUUAAAGUGUGGGUGCCCAGUUUGGCCGAUGUGGCGCUGGUCCUGAUGAAUAUGGGAGUUGCGUUUGUUAAUCUCUUCCCUUUUGAGAAUCUGCAGCCUCCAUUCACAGAGGGAGAUUUGCUGGAGGACAUCUAUAUUAAAAGUGAGAGUCCCUCCAGUAACAAGGAACAGAGCUCUUUCCCUGAACACAACUGCAACAAUAUCUUGAAGUACCUGUCUUACUGUAUGGGCCUUUGUCCACGGGCGUACAGCGACGAUGAGCUGCUGUUGCUGCUAACUGUGGUGGGAAGGGUGGGCCUGGACACACGGCUCAUCCUGCAGUCCGGUGUGGAACUGUACCCUCUACAGUACACACUUAUCAACAACAUCAGGGACUGGGACACCAUGCUGCCCAGAAUCUGUCGGGCCCUUACUGAUCUGACAGAUGACCACCACAACAUGUGCCUACUAGUUCAGCUGCUGCCUGACAACACACGUGGAAAGCAACUGCGUCGACAUCUGAGCCUGUCCAUGAUCUCUAAACUUUUGGAUGGAAAUUGUACCUACAGACCUAAAGGAAACGAGUUUCAGCUCUCUGAACUGAGGCCGUACCUGCCCCGUAUGCAACCCUCCACCAUUCUCCGGUGCAUGCUGACCUCCUCCAGCAGGAAAGAUAAAGAAGAGAACGACUUCGACCAACAGUCCUACUACCUCUGCUAUAGUCUUCUGACGUUGGCAAAUGAAGCUUCCAAUUUUCAGUUCUUCCCAGCUCAUCAAAAGACGCAGCUGCUGUUUCUGAGCUACGACCUGGAAACGCACGUGAAGUGUGACAUCAGAGAGAGUGAGAAAUGUCUUUACCGCAGCAAGGUAAAAGACCUGGUGGCCCGGAUCUACACCAAGUGGCAGAUGCUCCUUCAGAGGACCAGGCCUCUCCAUGGUAAGUUGUACGAUUAUUGGCAGCCUUCGGCCAUGGAUACAUUGACAAGCAGCCAAGAAGAGCAGGAGAUGGACAACAGUGAAGAUGGAGAGGGGCCUGUGACGGAGGAGGAUGAAGAAUCGGAAACCGAUGAAGAUGUUCUAAUGAUGGCUGAGGACGAGGAGAAGGAAGAGGGAGACAAUACAAUGGAGGACACAAACAAGACGGGGGACGACUCGAAGCCGGAACAAAUGGAGGGAGACAGUGCAAUGGACGACCCACAGGAAACAGAGGAAUCACCAGAAACUGUCGACGGGGAGUUGAACCAAAAGAUGGCGCCUCAAAUACACGAGCAAAUAGAGGCUGAAAACAUAGAACACACUGAGGUGGAGACUGAAAAUCUGGUUGAGACAAGAGAAACUUCUCACCACAGCUAGGUAGCAGCAUGUGAUUUAGUGUCAUAGAGAUUUUAUUUGUUAUCAGCACUUGCCUUAAUGUCAAUCUCAAUUUGCACUAUCUUCUUCUAUCCAUUACCCCCAAGUUUCAUUGUCAAUACAGAUACUAAUUGUAUAUUUAUGAAUAAAAUAAUUUUAGGAGAGAUUGCAAAGUUCAUAUUUUUGGUUAGAGUUGCACAAAUUGUUUUAUUGAAUGUCUUUUUUUUUUAAUAACGUGUUGUUAAAAUCUUAUGUAAAUGACUUCUGACUGUGCCUCUGUUUUCAAUUAUUUUUUUGUGUGCAAUGUGUAAAAAAAAUGUGGGUUUGUAUGUUUUCCAUAAUACAUUACUGUAGUUGAGUGCCCACAACAACCUGUGUUUAAUUGGAGGAACAUUUUUACAUCCUUGUUGUCGAUCAGCUAUGUUCAUUUGUUAAAUAUAAGUGAUGUCUCUCUUAAGCCAGUCUGAGUAACUGAAAUAGGAAUGAUGUUCAGCUGCAAACCAGUCUCAAGUUGAAACUUGACUAUGCAACAUGUUUACGCUAAGUUAUCAGUUUAGAAACAUCAGCUUGUUAUGAGGUUUCUCAGCCAUUAUUGAGUUGUUACCUACAGUAGUUAUUAUAAAACUGCAGUAGGUCUUUUUCACAGCAGACUGGACAUAGUAGGACACGCACAGGUGUUACUGAUAACAUUAUCGAUGGCUCUGUCUAUUCAAAUGUGCCAGUAAAUCGUGACAGUGAGACUGAAACUGAACUGGAAUUCAGCCAUAAUUAAUAUUACUAUUUACUCCUGUGCUUUUCUUACCGUGACAUGUCAAAAUCUAUUUGAAAAAGGCCUAUUAAAUUAACUUUGUAAAUAAUUUCCAGACACACAUUAUCUUGUUUGUUGAUUUAUUGUUAUAAUUUCACUGUUGUGUUGAAUGUGUGCAUUUUGCUAAAUUCCUCUUUUUGGGAAAAUAUUUUUUUAAUGAUGUACUUUUUUUAUAGCUGUUGCCAAAUGGAGAAAAUAAACUUUUUUUCGCAUGUUAA